GAGGCAACGGGAGCGCACGAGUCUUGUAAACACCUUGCUGGACACCGACACGCACUCAAGGACGAACACAGAGGAUGCGACUGUCCAUUCCGACCCACAGACAAUCGUCUUUUUAAAAUCGCGCACAAGAUGUGGCGCGCGCAUUAAGCGGAGAAGACUUUCAUUCUUUUGCGGUCUUUAACCGGACGCGUUUCAACCAAUGAUCAUGAAUGACAUAAAACUUGCAGUUAUGGGAACCGAGGGUGUUGGGAAAUCAGCACUUAUUGUUCGGUUUCUAACUAGACGAUUUAUUGGAGAGUACGCAUCCUCAACAGAGUGCAUUUACAGAAAGCGCAUGUCUAUUGAUGGACGGCAGUUGAAUCUUGAACUAUAUGAUCCUUGUUCUCAGCCGUGUGAAGGGAAGUCCACUCUCAAUGAGCAGAUCCACUGGGCCGACGGCUUCGUGGUGGUUUACGACAUCAGCGAUCGUUCCUCCUUCCUCACGGCCACCGCCAUAGUGCACCUCAUCCGAGAGACUCAUCUAGGAGUGACUAAAAGGGACAGGGACACAGACUCUGUGAUUUUCCUGGUGGGCAAUAAGCAAGACUUGUGCCACGUGCGGGAGGUGGACAGGGAGGAAGGCCAGAGGCUGGCGUCCGAGUGCCGCUGCCAGUUUUACGAGCUGUCCGCCGCAGAGCAUUACCAGGAGGUGGUGCUCAUGUUUUCCAAAAUUGUGCGAAAUGCCAGUCUGGGAGGAAAGGCCAAGGACCGCCGGCGCCGCCCUAGCGGCUCUAAGUCCAUGGCCAAGCUCAUCAACAACGUCUUCGGCAAACGACGGAAAUCGGUUUGAGAACUUGAAGACAAAAUGGACAAUGGUUACAGGAUAGACAUGAGAUGUGGCAUGUAAACGUGUCUCAGGAUAAGUCACAUUAAACUCCAAAAUCUAAAUCAAUGCAUUAAAAGUACUUUAUUUUUAUUUGUGAAAUUAAAUAUGUGAUAAUUGAGAACACUGCCCCCACAAAUUUUCAGUGUAUUAUUUUUUUUGUAUUACUUUGGUGCAUGAGUCUAUAUGUUUUUACAUCAUGGUUGUAUUUGUUCUAUCCCGUUUACUUCAAAUUUGACCUUUUUAUUAUAAAGAACACUGUAUUAUAUGAACGAGAAUCUAAUAAGGGAUUCCUAUUAUUGAGGAUUAUAAAAGAUAAUUUUCUGUCUUAAAGGAUUAGUUCACCUUCAAAAUGAAAAUUCUGUCAUUAUUUGCACGCCCUCUUGUCAUUUCAAACCUGCGUGACUUUCUUUCUUCUGCAGAAAACAGAACAAGAUAUUUUGAAAAAUGCUUGUAACAGAUUGACGCCAUUGACUUGCAUUGGUUUUGUGUAUUAUUCCUUUAAUAAUAAUGGCACAAUUUAGUUUAGUUUUGGGUGUGAAUUGAACUUGUUUCCUCAUUGCUUACUUUUUGCUGUUGUCUUGUCUAGUCAUCGCAGUGAUUUGUACUGUGUAAACAUGUUCUGUACAGCGUCUACUUUUGCCUUAAUAGGGUCUUUGAUAACUUUUUGAAGGUGUAAAAAAAAACGAAUAGCCUAUAAAAAGCAGAGGAUACUGACAUUUUAGCUUGCGAGGCUUAAAGCCAAAGUCAGCUCUGUAAUAGUCAUUGAGAAAGUGUUUCUUGUGCUUUUAAGUACCUGUUUACUCACUGUUUUAUGAAAUGAAAUAUCUUGCGUCAGGUAUUGUAUGAUGCAAGCAUUGACAUACUAUGGGAUUAUAAAUCUCCUUGUCAGACCACUUUGAAUUCAUGUAAAAAAAAUGUGCAUUAAAAUAACUAUUGAUUAAGUCAAA